UUUUAUGACUGCCAAAGGUCUAAUUUUAAAUUUAAUGUAAGUUUUAACCAGUCAAAAUCUAAACAUUGUUCAGCUUGUUUAACAACAAACUAAGAUAUACCUGAUAAUAUACAAUCUUAACGUUUUAACUCUUAAUCACGUAACAUUAGCGCGGUAUGAAAUUCGAACAUUAAAGUUAUUAUAUGGAUUUUCAUUUUUUUGAGAUACUUUGAAAACUUCGAAAGUUUUUGCCGAAGAAAGAAAUUUAACAGAAACAAAGAAUCCAGCUGAGCGCGCUUGGUCAUUACUAAUGGAAUCUGCUUCUCCGGUCAAUUGGCUCCUCGACAAGAGUUCGUCGAGAAGACUACUCUGGUGUCAACGUAAAAAUUAUUUCAUUUGGAUUUUGCAAUUUUUGCUUCUGGUAUGUGGUGUCUUAUCGGCGUCAUUACAUGGCUCGAAAGGUGCCUACCGUGACUCAGUUUCCGACGUUGAUCAAAAACUCAAUGUAGCUGUGAAGUUUGAUUCGAGAACUUUAAGGUCUGACGGUGUCAUUUUGAAUUCCACCAUACCCAAAUUUUCCGAAGUUCCUGUGGUAACCUUAACAAAAAUUUCCCCGACGAGUGAAACGAGCUGGGUAAAUAUAAAGGAAAUCAUUAGAUUACACACGCCAUUUUCAAAGGAGAAAGAUUCAUAUGGGGAAGAAAGUGUUAGAAUACUGGAGAAAUUUACAAAAACGAACAAAAUUCCCGCGUUUGCUAUUGAAAAUGCAAAUGGAAGCGUGUCUGAACUAAGUGCGAUCGAAACUGAGGUCUUAAACGGACAUUUAUUUCCAGAUUUUCAUUCCACUUCAGCCAUAUUUCAAAAAAGCAAACCUAGGGAAAAUGUAGAAGAUGAAACUUGCGAUGAGAAAGGAUCGGAAUCUCCUGUGAUAGAAUUUUAUAACGAAUCCAACUUGAUUCCGCAUGCAUUUGAAGACGCUGAGCAGUCCUCUUCUACAGAGUUAUACGGGAAUGAUGUUUCGAUGUACUUCCAAGACAAGAUCUGUGAGGAUUUGGUAAAUACAUCUACGUACUCUGAAGUCAGUAACUAUGUGGACUUGGUCGAUGCUCCAACAUACUCUGACGAGAUCUACGAGGACUUGGUCGAUGCUCCGACGAAUUCCGACAAGGUCUACGAUGACUUGGUCGAUGCUCCGACGAACUCCGACAAGUUCUAUGAGGACUUGGUCGAUGCUCCGACAUACUCCGACAAGAUCUUUGAGGAUUUCGUUGAUCCCGUUACGCUCUGGACGGAUAAUCCUAAUGAAGGCGAGUCAGACGAGGACGACAUCCGUGACGCAGCUUAUGCGAAGCACAUGGAGUCAAAGUACGAAGUGCUUCACGGGUUUUCGUUGAUAUGCAAAGAAGAGAAUGUUCACUGCCACCAUCCUCAUGUCGUGUCGAUUGAGGCAUGUGAAGAAGUUUGCAGCCUGCUGGAAAUGUGUCGCUUCAUUGUCUAUACGACCAGAGUUGGGCGCGACCACAGAUGUCGGCUCUUCGACCUGACGCCUUUCGAAAUGAACAUCACGCCGCACCCUGAAGAGAGGGCCACAAUUUACAUGCUUCCAUUAACUGUUCAGCCAGGGGUUCGUAAAUUCGAUGGCCGUUAUUAUUUCAUUGCCAAAGAGAAAGCCAUACCGUCUCGAGCUGAGCGCGCGUGUCGCCACGUUUCCGGCUUCUACCAUCUAACAUUGCUGGCAUUCGACCAAAUCGCAGUCAUUUCGCAAAUUGCAAGAGAAAUGAUGAAUACUUCGUUGCCAACUGAUGACGCUGUGAUCAUGGCGUUAAUCGUGGGGCACAAACCGCUUUCUGAUACUUUCUCGAACCUCGCUCGUCGUGUCUCACGCAAACUUAAGUUCGACGCUAAAUUGCGCGCCUUGAACAACAAGUUCAUUCAUGUGGCGUAUUCGGGCUCUACGUUCAGCAAUGCCCGACAUUGGAGAAAGUACCAAAUUUUGUGUCAGGGAGACCCCUUCAAUUUGAGGGGCGAGGCAUCUUUCUAUCUAAACCUCCAGAAUUGGUUCAAAGACAGCGCGCUCAACAGGCACCUGCAAGUCCCCUAUCCAGAAAGUCCUUUUGGUCUUGAGGCUGGACCGAACGGUGACCAACCUGCGUCUUCCAAGGAAAGCUUCAAAAGCGAAUCAAAAUCUGCUUUUGUCAAUGUAUCAGUCGACCAGAUAUCGUCAUUGCAAACAGGAAAUUCCAUGGGUCAUAUAAUUACUGAUGUUGAUUCCCUUGAAGGAAAUUGUCAAACUCAGAAUGAAAUUACCAUAGUCGAGUUCAACCACUCAUCUGAAGACGCUUGGAAGAUAAAGAAGACUGAUGAGGGAGAUAAUGACGGUGUUGAAAUCAAAGAUAGUGACGGUGUUGAAUCUAAAGAUGGUGACGGUGUUGAAUCUAAAGAUGGUGACGGUGUUGAAUCUAAAGAUGGUGACGGUGUUGAAUCUAAAGAUGGUGACGGUGUUGAAGCUAAAGAUGGUGACGGUGUUGAAGCUAAAGAUGGUGACGGUGUUGAAGCUGAAGAUGGUGACGGUGUUGAAGCUGAAGAUGGUGACGGUGUUGGAUUCAAAGAUGGUGUGGAGCAUGCGAGAGCUUCUAGCAAUGCAGUAGGACGAUCGCUUGAUGCUUCUAUUUAUCAUUUGUUGAAUUUAUUGAAAUUUAUUCUUAUCUUUAUCAACUGCUUCUUAUGUUUCCAAAUUAAUAUGAAUAAUUUCCACAUUCAAAAUUAAAUUAUAUAUAGGUUUGUUAUGACGAUAUAAUUUUAGAUACCAUAUUGGAAAAUACUAAUUUCUUGAUGCAUGAAUGCCACAAUUUUUUUACUAUUUUAACUAAAUUUCAAUUUUCAGGGUCACAGGAAUAUUUAAAUUGGUCAGUAGUAACACGAGCUUUUUCGUAGUCAAAUUAUGAAUCUUCCAAGUAAACUGUUAAAUAGUUUGAGUUUUUACUGGGGAUGCCCGAGACUAAUUUUACAUUCUCUAAACUUGGCGCUAUAAUUUUACGAGGUUUCACAGGUUUAUUUUUUAAUUGACCUAUUGAUUAAAGGCAUUUAUUAGCCUAUGUUGAAUACUUUUUAUACAUGUUAAUACCUGAUGAUUCUAAUGCAUCUAACUUAAAGACUUUUUGCUGUAAAUUUUAUAAAUAGUCUUCACCGUUAUGAAGCUUGAAUUUUAAGAUUGAUUAGGCUUCUAAAAUCAAAUGGGAAUUGUUCGAAACCAUUCCGGAAAUAAAAAAUUAUUCAAG